AUGGCGACUUGCCGCAACCGCCUGUGUCCGAACCCCCAGGACCUCACUCUCCCGGAGCUUGGUUCAUCGCAUGUUCUUGCACUCCUGCCGUACCUCGGCGGUGUCACCUGCGCAACCGGCCGGGGAAUGAAACGACAUGCAACGUUGAGUCGGUGCCUUGACCGCGUCGUUUCUGAUGAGAUGAGCGUGCUGGCGCACUUUGACUCGCCGUUGCGACACCCCGGUGCUCUUCUGUGGGGGACGACAAAUGCAAUGUUCCUCGUGGGCCCCCUCGUUGGUGCCGCGAGCUCAGCAUAUAAGCACGGCGAGGAGGCGCAAGGAGAGGCCCAUUUGCAUCCAUCUCCAACACGCACCGGCAUGCGUUCCACGUUCCUUCUUGGGGCCUGCUACGCCCUUGUACAAGGCGCUGCUGCGCAGCAAAUUUACGACAUCUGGACCACAACCUGGAGCCGGAGCAGUCUGCUCACGUACUCGCAGCCGAGCGGCGGGCCCAUCGACUUCGUCGCGCCCGGAACGGCCGCCAACGCGGACAUCCAGGUCCAGGACUCGUCCGUCUACCAGACCGUUCAAGGGUUCGGAGCGUCCUUGACCGACUCUUCCGCACAGCUGCUCAGCAAUUUGAAGAGCGCGAACUCGGGCGAGUACUGGCAGCUCUUGGAUUACCUGUUCAACGUUACCGACGGUGCAAAUGCUGCUGGUCUCUCUUACAUUCGCGUGCCUCUUGGCGCGUCGGACUUUUCUGCAAACGAUUACAGCUUUGACGAUACGAGUGGAGAUACUGGACUCAAUGACUUCAACAUUAAUGCCGCGCCAUCGUACCUGUACUCCACGAUCCUCGAUAUUUUGUCGGUUAACAGCGAGCUGAGGGUGCACGUUUUGCCGUGGUCGCCGCCUGGUUGGAUGAAGGAAGGCACGAUGAACGGCGGGACUUUGAACACCCAGUACGAGAGCACGAUGGCAAACUACCUGCUGAAGGCGGUGCAGGGCUUCAAGGCCAAGGGCAUCCCCGUCUUCGCCGUGGGCAUCCAGAACGAGCCGGAGAACAGCAACCCCACGUACCCGAGCACGAGCAUGCCCGUCGCGACCGAGGCCGCGAUCGGCGAGGCCCUCCGGACACUGUUGAAUAACAACGGGUUAUCGAGCGUGAAGCUGAUUGGCUUCGAGCACAACUGGAGCGACGCGAGCGCGUACCCUGUCCAGCUGAUGCAGCAGGCUGAGAGCUCGUUCGACGGUGUCUCCUUCCACUGCUACGACGGCGCAUACACCGACCAGGCUAGCUUCACGUCCCAGUACCCUGACAAAGAGGUCUACUUCACCGAGUGCACGGGCACGCUCGGCUCGGACUGGUGGAGCGACAUCAAGUGGUAUAUGGACAACAUCAUGAUCGGCGCGGUUGAGUACGGCGCGUCGUCCGGCCUCAUGUGGAACCUCGCGCUCGACGGGAGCGGCGACCCGAUCUUGUCUGGCUCGAACAGCUGCACGGGCGGCUGCCGCGGCGUGGUUACGAUCAGCGGGAGCUCGUGGAGCGUGAACCAGGAGUUCUACGCAUUGGCGCAGGCGUCGAAGGCUAUUACUCCCAAGGACCCCAAUGGCCCGUGGGGCCAGCGCGUCGGCGUCACCGUCGCUGGAAGCGAGGACUGGGCGCUCCGCGUCGGUGCGUACGUGACCAAACGCACGUCCUCGACCGACUGGUGGCGGUACUCCCUCGUCGUGCUCAACUGGGACGACAGCUCGUCGACGACGUUUAACCCGCAAAGCGUCGACGCGACGAUCGAGUUUAGAGGCCAGCAGGCCAAGUACACGUUCCCUGUGGGCGUGACCACGCUCUCGUGGUACGCGGCUCCUACGUAG